CGAUGUUGUUGUUGCUCGGAGGCUCUGUUAAGUACUACGAUGAACUCUGCUGCUUUCGCGAGCUCUGGCUUCAAGGAUCCUCGGAAACUUAGCUUCGAAAGAGACUGGAUCCGUAGAGCAGUCUUGGCCUCAUAUUGGAUCAUCAUUAUUCUCGCUUUCCCGUUCUGGUGGCAUUUGACGAGUAUCGAGAGACUUGCACUUCCAACCAGUCAAAUACGAGCACUAGUUCAAAACAACAUCGUAUUCCCUAUCACUGUUCAUUUUGAUGCGUCCAUUAUCCAACAAAAUACCAACCUAAUCUCUCAAGUUCAUACAUCACUUCAUGAUUCUGCGAUAAAUGAACCUGGAAGGUGGAGGGGCGUCGACCUUCGCCUACAAGACAGAAAUGAUGAAGUCACCGAUAAAAUAUCUAGCCUAUAUACAGUUGCUCUUGGUGAACAGACCUCAAUUGCCCAUUCAAGACACUUGCGGGUGAGCAAGACCGACGCGCAGUCAGGUGAGUCAAGGAGAGUGGGUUGGUUUGAAAUGCAUUCGACUGCUCUCACACUAGCAACAAGAUUAAGCUCUAUAUUGUCCGACCUCAUCGCCCCUCCAGAGUCGAGCACUUCACAUUCACAGCGCGUCGUUCAAUACUCAGAUCACUAUCGUCUCGCUUUCACGCUUCUGAACGAAGACGCAACCCCCAAUCGAUUUGUAGAGACAUGGGAUGUACAAACUGCGCUCGCGGAAUUCAUAUUUCCGCUCAUGUCUCGACUCUCUACUUUGCACAAUUUUACAGUCGAAAGUCAAGUUCAGUAUCAUGCGCCAUUAGCCUUUGAGCCGAAACGCCUGGCAUUUGGUACCACUGAAGCAUCAGGGCUUACUCAGGAGGACUUGACGGUAUUUAUCAACUCUGCCGAAUGGACACUUUCAUCUGGCGUCUCAAAUGAUCCUGUUCUCCAUUUCGUUCUCUUCGUUCCUUCUGAGACCCACUCACCCUUGAAGAUAAUUGACGGCGAAGGUCGUCCAACAAAUCAGAACUCCUUCCUUUUGCCACAAUGGGGCAGCAUUUUCAUCCUCAACAAUGAACUCGAUUCCUCAUCGUUGCAUCUUUCAUAUAACGAUCUAAAACCAGUUUUCCGCAAUUUUGCCACCCAGCUCACUGCUCUUUUAGGCGUGCCACCCGUUCCUCUCGGCCUGAGCAUGGAAGAAAGCUCCGCUCUAUCUGACUGGCAGUUAGAUACUUUGCUCCGGCGUCGUGCAUUGCAGAACGUGCAAGGCAGCCAGGACACAUUACACAGCAUUGUGAAGCUCGUGGAUCAGAUCAAUAACAUGCCUGUUGGGCAAGUGGUACGAGAUGAUGUCCUAGAUGCCCUUGCAUCGCUCCACGAGGCCUAUCGCACCGCCGUGGCCUCGCCGGCGCUUGCUCUACGAUGGUCUAGUAAGGCAUUAUCUAUGGCAUCACGCGCUUUCUUUAAUCCGGGGAUGCUGGCAUUGCUGUACUUUCCUGCUGAACACAAGUAUGCGGUGUACACGCCGCUAUUCGCAUCUAUAUCUGUUCCUCUUGUGGUGGCCUUAAUUCGAGAUUUUAUGGCAUGGAGACGGGGCUCACGGGAUGACGGAAGGCGGCGAGAUUGAUGAUUACGCCUUUUGUUUGAGAGCUUGUUUGUUGCUAGCUAGACUCUUGCCUACUGUAGAAAAUACAUGCAGGGUAAUAAUCCUACAGCAAUGUACGGUAGCUCGUCCGUAGUACAGCAUAUGGAUAUCACAAGUAUGUGAAGCAUUAAAGCCAACUAAAAGCAAUAAGAUAAAGGGGGUGGUCGCUGGGGCCUUGAUGGCGGUGAUUGACGCGAC